AACUCUAAAACGAUAUGACCGAUAGAACCUUCUAGGCAUCUAGGCAUUGUGGCAUGACAUGAUUUUCUUUUAUACCGAUCACCCAAGCACUUAAUACAACAAACUCUUCAUCAAUCAAACAUUCUUAUUUUCUUCGCAGUCAAUUUCUAUGCAUCAACCAUUCAGAUUUCUAUAGCAUACUAAGAGAAAAAGAAUUCUGUUAAUUCAAAACAAAAAAUGGCAAGGAGUUUCUUCGGCGACCCUUUCAAUCGUUUUGUAUGGAGUCCCCAAAUGUUCCAUGAACGGUCCAGUUCCACUGCUCUUUUGGACUGGUUCGAAUCUCCGAAUGCUCAUUUCUUCAAAAUCAAUGUUCCAGGAUACAACAAGGAUAGCAUAAAAUUGGAGGUGGAUGAAGACAAUGUUCUCCACAUAAAAGGGGGAGGAGGAAAAGAGGAACCCCAUGCCAAAGACAUCAUUUGGCACGCAGCCGAAAGAGGCGGAAAGGGAGACUUUCAUCGGCAAAUAGAGCUGCCGGAAAACGUAAAAGUUGAUCAGAUUAAAGCUCAGGUAGAAAAUGGUGUCUUAACCAUUGUUGUUGCUAAAGAUAAUAAUCCAAAGCCUUCUAAAGUUCGCACUAUUAACAUCUCUAGCAAGCUCUGAAGGUGCUCUCAAAGAUUUAAAAAAACGAAGUCAUGAAAAUAUAAGUCAUGCUCCUUUCACGUGUUGUAAACAACUACUCUACAGGAAUUGUUUCAUGGAUUGUUCAUGAGACCAUGAGAUGUAUCAUUUUAUCCUACUAUGUGGUAUGAAAAAACUACUUGCUUGGUUUAAAAAUGUGGACAUUGAUUGUUCUUUUUUUUGAGGGAAACAAUCCGGAGCAACUAGUCAUUAUUAUUCAUUA